AUGAGUCCGACCAACAGAAGCCCACUGUGCGAGCCGACCGACCUACACCCAGGCGUCACCAUCACAGAUAUGGACACUGUGCACGAAGAAAAUGACAACGACAGCGAUGAGUCAUCAUAUUCAGACCUGGGACGCCUCCGAGAGCGGACCAGAGCGAUGCUGGGCACCCCAGCAGAGCCGCUGGUACAGCACUCACAUUCACAACCAAACAGCAGAAGAAUGUCAUCAGAUAUCGAAGCCAAACUCGCUGCUAACUUGAACACAAGACGACCAUCGGCUAUAAUCGCAGCGUUUCGUCGUCCGUCACAAGCGUUGGCAUUGUGUGCGGCUACACAACGCAGGUUUCUGUCUGAACUGUCGCCGCAAUCACGCACGUCUGUCGCCUCCACCUCCCAUGACAACCCGCCCUCAGCUGCCGAGAUAUUGGGCCAUGAGGCUCUCAGUAAAGCGCUUUCGGCUUUAUACGCAAAGCUGCUGGUGGUACUGGGCUUGGCUUUCCCCAUCACUGAAGUCAUCGCCGGCGGAGUACCUGAUGGCUACUAUCAGGGAUUCUAUUUAUAUCUCUACCUAGUAUCGCUAAUAUUCGUAGUGUUCCAAUACGUAAACAUAAUGCGUCAAAAGGCUGUCAACCUAAUCAUCCACGACUACGAGGACACUCUGAAAGAGGAUAGAAAUGGGAAAACUACACCUGGAGAAAAACCAAAAAUAAUAAAAGAGAACAUUUCUCGCUACGGCAGUUUUUAUCUGAGGCUUGGCGGAAUUGCGUUCGGCAUUGGUUCAAUGGUGUACAGCGGUUUAGAAUUGGGUGAAUAUUUCGAAAUGACAGAUAAGUGCCGCUCCAUCCUGUCAGUGAUUACACCGGCUUUACGAAUGGCCCUAACUCUGGCACAAAUGCAGUUCAUGUUCCUGACUAACAAAGACAUAGAAUCAGGCACGUUCAAACUCAUACAGAGAUUUGGUUUUAUGCAUAUGGUGGCAACGAAUCUAUGCGAAUGGUUGUACGUGCUGGUAGAAGAAACAAAGCAUGAAAUACAUCAUUUAGAGCAUACGAUACUGGCUCCAGUUAAUGGUACGCAUCAUGUUGCUGAUGCCAUUCCAUGCCGGAGGUCAAAUAUCAUGGGAGCACUCCUCCAAAAUGCUGCACCGUUCUUAUUUCCUUGUACGAUUGAGUACUCCUUGAUUUGUGCCGUCAUAUUGUAUGAAAUGUGGAAAGAGGUCAAAUGCACUCCAGAAGACUUUGAGAAAAAAUUCAAUGCUCCUAAAAGUAAAUCUCGAAACAAUUCAGUGACGCCUGAGAAAAUUCUGCAGCAGUUUGCUGGUAUGUUAGGAGUGAGUUCGCCACAUGGCAGUCGCACUGCCCUUCACCACUUCUCCGUCGACUGCUCGCAUGCCCACCGUGGUCUCUUCGCUGGAAUCUUAAUCAUCGUCUUCACUAUAAUUUCCCUCAUCAUGUUCUUUGUUUUGGCUCACAAUCAAGAAUUUAUCACUGACGCCAUUUUCGAAGUAAACGUCUGCGAGUUGAUUUUAUACUCGUUAUCUUUGAUAGCUUGCGUAACAGCUAUGAUACAAAUGAGAGCAUUAGCUUAUAAAAGGAAAUCUAAAGCUCUUUUGGGCCUGGAUCCAUUUUUAUUGAUUUUGGCCCAGUCUGGAAUGUUUGUGUACUGCAUGUUCAGCCUAAUUGGAAGUCAUCACACUCAGGACUUGAAGAACAGUGUUGGUCUAACUGGAUUCUUCUCAGAAUUCUUAUCACUCAACCAGACUAUUCUGCAAACUUUAUUCAUAAUUGACGCUUGGUGGCGUCGCAGCACUACGUCGGAACAGCGGAGAAAUAAACCGGGACGACAGCUCGUCACCUUCCUGCUGGUCGCCAACAUGGCGAUGUGGGCCAUCAAUACACUGGAGAAGAGCCGUGCAGAAUUCCGCCCAGCACAUCUGACUUUCUACGGACCAUGGGCAUGGACCAUCAUCACCCACGUGUCUAUGCCAUUGGCCAUCUUCUACCGGUUCCAUUCCACCAUCUGCCUCUUCGAGAUCUGGAAGAAUUGCUUCAAGAAUAAACCUAUAUACUUAAACGUUUAG